UCACAGGGGCAGGGUGACAUUUCCUACUCCCCUAGAGCUUCUCUCCCUGAGCCCUGAGAUUCCCGAGGAGUUAGCAUCAAGGACUCCUUUCAUUUUGUCUAUGAGCUCUCGGAGAGGACCCUUCUCGAAGGACAAGCAUGAGUCUGAGUGCAAGAAGAGUUACUCUGCCUGCAAUCACACCACUGGUUCUACAGAAGAGGGUGAUUAAAGUCUACAGCGAGGAUGAGACCAGCCGGGCGUUAGAAGUGCCCAGCGACAUCACCGCCCGAGAUGUUUGCCAGCUGUUGAUCCUGAAGAACCACUAUGUGGAUGACAACAGCUGGACCCUUUUUGAGCACCUGGCUCACACAGGUGUAGAAAGAACAAUAGAAGACCAUGAGUUGGUGGUUGAAGUGCUGUCUCACUGGGGGAUGGAAGAAGACAAUAAGCUGUAUCUUAGGAAAAAUUAUGCCAAAUAUGAAUUUUUUAAGAACCCAAUGUAUUUCUUUCCAGAGCACAUGGUGUCUUUUGCAACGGAGACCAAUGGCGAAAGAUCCCCUACACAAAUGCUGCAGAUGUUUUUAAGUUCAAGCACAUAUCCCGAAAUCCAUGGCUUUCUACAUGCAAAAGAACAAGGAAAGAAGUCUUGGAAAAAAGUUUACUUUUUCCUGAGAAGAUCUGGUUUAUAUUUUUCUACUAAAGGUACAUCAAAGGAACCACGACAUUUGCAGUUCUUCAGCGAAUUCAGCACUAGUAAUGUUUACAUGUCACUGGCAGGCAAAAAAAAGCACGGAGCUCCGACUGCCUAUGGAUUCUGCUUUAAGCCUAACAAAGCAGGAGGGCCCCGGGACCUGAAAAUGCUCUGUGCGGAGGAAGAACAGAGCAGGAUGUGCUGGGUGACCGCCAUUAGAUUGCUUAAGUAUGGCAUGCAGCUGUACCAGAAUUACAUGCACCCAUACCAAGGUAGAAGUGGCUGCAGUUCUCAGAGCAUACCACCCAUGAGAAGCAUAUCGGAGAACUCCCUAGUAGCGAUGGACUUCUCCGGUCAGAAGAGCAGAGUCAUAGACAACCCCACGGAAGCGCUUUCCGUUGCUGUGGAGGAAGGGCUCGCUUGGAGGAAGAAAGGAUGUUUACGCCUGGGGAAUCACGGCAGCCCCACCGCCCCGUCCCAGAGCUCGGCUGUGAACAUGGCUAUCCAUCGGUCCCAGCCAUGGUUUCAUCACAGAAUUUCUCGAGACGAAGCUCAGCAACUGAUUAUCCGUCAGGGGCCUGUGGACGGAGUUUUCUUGGUACGGGACAGUCAGAGUAACCCCAGAACUUUUGUGCUGUCAAUGAGUCAUGGACAAAAGAUAAAACACUUUCAAAUCAUACCUGUGGAAGAUGAUGGUGAGAUGUUCCACACCCUGGAUGAUGGCCACACAAGAUUCACAGAUCUCAUCCAGCUGGUGGAGUUCUACCAGCUCAACAAGGGAGUCCUUCCUUGCAAGUUGAAACAUUACUGUACUAGAAUGGCCCUUUAGCCAAACUGUAUGUGACUCAUCAAAAACAAAGGAAGGAAAGGGAUGCAAAGAAGAAUGUUUAAGGAGAAAAAUAAAAAAAUAGGCUAAAAAUAAACCAUGGUGAAAAAAAUUGAGUUACAAAAAUGGUCAUGCAUUGAAACUUAGUGAAGACUUGGAUUGGUAUGAUACUCAUUGCUUAAAAUUUAUUAGUUAAAAUUAAACCUUAUUUAAAAAACAUA